GGCGUGGAGGGAGGAGCCGGCGCUGUCUUUCAUUGGCUCUCGCGCAGGCCCCGCCCUACAGUCGAGCGCCGUCACGUGACGCGACGGCUGGGGCCUCCCGGCGCGGGGGACGCUAGUGGCCAAGAUGGCGGCAGAGCUGGUGGAGGCCAAAAACAUGGUGAUGAGCUUCCGCGUGUCAGACCUGCAGAUGCUCCUGGGCUUCGUGGGCCGCAGCAAGAGCGGGCUGAAGCACGAGCUGGUGACCAGGGCCCUGCAGCUGGUGCAGUUCGACUGCAGCCCCGAGCUGUUCAAGAAGAUCAAGGAGCUGUACGAGACGCGCUACGCCAAGAAGAGCUCCGAACCGGGCCCGCAGGCGCCGAGGCCCCUGGACCCCCUGGCGCUGCACGCCGUGCCCAGGACUCCCCUGUCGGCGCCCGCCGUGGACUACCCCGUGCUGUACGGGAAAUACUUGAAUGGACUGGGGCGCCUGCCCGCCAAGGCCCUGAAGCCUGAGGUGCGCCUGGUGAAGCUGCCCUUCUUCAACAUGCUGGACGAGCUGCUGAAGCCCACCGAACUGGUCCCACAGAGCGCCGAGAAGCUGCAGGAGAGCCCAUGCAUCUUCGCGCUGACCCCUCGGCAGGUGGAGAUGAUCCGCAACUCCAGGGAGUUGCAGCCUGGAGUGAAAGCUGUGCAGGUGGUGCUGAGGAUCUGCUACUCGGACACCAGCUGUCCACAGGAGGACCAGUAUCCGCCCAACAUCGCCGUGAAGGUCAACCACAGCUACUGCUCAGUGCCGGGCUACUAUCCCUCCAAUAAGCCUGGGGUGGAACCCAAGAGGCCCUGCCGCCCCAUCAACCUCACCCACCUCAUGUACCUGUCCUCGGCCACCAACCGCAUCACCGUCACCUGGGGCAACUAUGGCAAGAGCUACUCCGUGGCUUUGUACCUGGUACGGCAGCUCACCUCCUCAGACCUGCUGCAGAGGCUAAAGACAAUCGGCGUCAAACACCCUGAGCUCUGCAAGGCCCUGGUCAAGGAGAAGCUUCGCCUGGACCCGGACAGCGAGAUUGCCACGACUGGAGUGCGAGUGUCCCUUAUCUGCCCGCUGGUGAAGAUGCGGCUGUCCGUGCCCUGCCGUGCGGAGACCUGCGCCCAUCUGCAGUGCUUCGACGCCGUGUUCUACCUGCAGAUGAAUGAGAAGAAGCCCACCUGGACGUGCCCCGUGUGCGACAAGCCCGCAGCCUACAGCCAGCUCAUCAUCGACGGGCUGCUGUCGAAGAUCCUGAGCGAGUGUGAGGACGCCGACGAGAUCGAGUUCCUGGCGGAAGGUUCGUGGCGCCCGAUCCGCGCGGAGAAGGAGCCUAGCUGCAGCCCGCAGGGCCCCAUCCUGGUGCUCGGCACCCCGGACGUCAACGGGCUGCCUCCGGCCUCCGGCGCCCCCGGCGCGGGCGGUGGCCCGGGCGGCGCGGGCAGCGGGGCGGCUGCGCCCGGCGGCCUGGAGAACGGCAAGACGGGCGCCGACGUGGUGGACCUCACACUGGACAGCUCGUCGUCCUCGGAAGACGAGGACGAGGACGAGGACGAAGAGGAGGACGACGACGAGGGGCCCCGGCCGAAGCGCCGCUGCCCGUUCCAGAAGGGCCUGGUGCCCGCGUGCUGACGCCGCCGCGGGGCCCGGAGGGCGGGAGCCGCCGUCCGUCCCCGUCUGCCCCCGGCCCCCCCCCCCGGCCCCCGGCUCCCGUACCUCUGGACUCUCCUCUUGGGGGCAUAUAAAAAAGUAAAAUGACAAAAAAAAAAAAAAAAAAAAAAAAAAGGAUGAAAAGUACAAAAAACGAGCAGGUCAACACCCGGCAGGCGCCGCCCGGCCCAGCCGCCCGCGCGCGGGGCCGCGGACCCUGAGGGCGGCGCCCCCGCCCCGCCGAGCCGCGCUGGCCUGCGGGCCCGGCUGUUCGUGAGAAGCCAUGGUGGGCUGCGGCCACAAUGUGCAAUAACGCGGGGGGCGCGGGCGGGGGGGUGUCGAUCCAGCCAGCUACCUCGGUAACUCCACUUCAUUCAGGUUCACUUCCCGCGGGGCGGCGGCCCGGGAGCCGCGCUCCCCGCCCCGGCCCCGCCCGACCGUCAGGAAGCAAUACCGGGGCCGGUGGGGGCGGGCGGCCUGGCCGAGUCUCGCAUGAACUCGCCGGGAGGCCGGGGCCCGGGCAGCCGCGCGGCACUCUUUUCUAAUAUUUGUAUUCUAAUUUAAUUGUUUUUUAAAAAUGCAAAUAAAAAAAAAAAGAAGGAAGAGUAGCCAGUCCGGCACCCGCCUGUCUGUGGUUUCUCUGUAGACCAGGCUAGCCUGCCCGUCCUCCCUGGGAGCUGUGCGCGCGGCCGGGCCAGAGGGCCCGCGUGGGCAGCCUCCGCUCGCCCGUCGCCCCCCAGGACGCCGGGGCCGGGGAUGGCCAGGCCGGACCCGCCCGACAGAAACUGAACUCAGACUCACAGCACGUGUGCAGAGGACACUGGAGUAUUACUCGGCCCCGAACAGGCAAGGAGCUCCACCGCGCCCGCCUUGAGGACGCUGUGCGGUGGAGGGCCGGGCGGCGCGGGCCGCCUGUGCUCGCGUGGGGCCGCGCCGAGCCUGCAGCCGCUGACCGCCACGCGAGCCUGCAGCCGCUGACCGCCGGGGUCCAGAGCGCCGAUGACUCAGUGUGACGUCCUGGGCUGGGGCCUGGGGAUGUCCAGGCCGCAGAGGUCAGGCCCGGCGGAUUCCUGACGCCCGGGUCUGCAGAGCAGGCAGAGGAUCCAAGGCCGCCGCCCCCACGCCCUGGACACACCCCAGGGAUGCAGCUGACCAAGGGAGGACUGCUGAAGAGCCGACCCCGCGUCCACCCCAUCCCCCGCGACAGGGCCCCAGGCCCACUUCCUCCUGGGGACAGGAAGUUGUCCACAGCCAGCUGAGGUUUCCGGCCCCCUAGGCCCGAUAAGGUCACUGGAGCCCAGCUAAGGACAGCACCUAGGCGGCCUCCUGGAGUCCAGGCGCAGCCCACCCAGGGCCUGCAGCGCUCCGACCGGGGCAGGCCUGGGCCAGGAUUCUGAGGUCACCUCCUUUCCCAGGAACAGCCCGGGCACACCCCACCAGCCACCCGGGGACCUGCUGGGUCCCGCUGCCAGGCCCCACCCACGGCGUGUGAUACCCAGCAGAGAAUGCGUGUCCCCCAUCCCGACCCCCCAAAAAAGACAGAACACAGAGACCAAGCAAGGAGGCGUCGUAACAGGCUGCAUUUAGUGGUUGGGUUUUUCUUUUAUGUACAAGAAAAAUGAAUUCUAUUUUUUCGGAUUUUUCAUAAUCUUUUGUUGUUUUUAUUACUUUUAAAGCUUGUCCCCCCACCCCCAAAAAGUGCAUUUUUUUUUAAAUCAAUUGAUUUGUUUUCGUUUGCCUCCCACACUUUAUAAAGAUUCUUACAUCCAGUCAGUGGAAUGUCUGUUCUGUGCUCCGGACCCCCAUGUGCCAGGCCUGGGCCCCCAAAAUCCAAGGCACCUCAUUCUGGGCCUGGGGCGGGACUCCCCUCUGUCCCCUGGCCCCCUGUGCCCCCACCAAGGUAAAUCAAUAUGUAUUUAGUGCGAGCUAGUUCUGAACUGAGAUAAUCGUGCCUGGGGUGAGGGGCCCCCACGACCCCUGACCCGUCCGGUGCCGGCCAGCCCGAACUCCGGGAAGGCCGUUUCCUCAGCUUAAAUAACUUUUUUAAAAUAAAACUGCAAAUAUAAAUAUCUUUCUUUCUCAAAAAAUAGGAUUUUGCUCUCUUUUUUUAUUUAUAUUUUUGUUGAUUUUUGUCUUUUUUUGUUUUUUUCUAUUUUUCUUUCAGCCUGUGUCCCCCUACAACUCCCUGCUACUUGCACUGUCGAUUCCCUGAACAACCAGCCUGGGGGCCACCUGCACUUCGAGGCUGCCGUUGCGCCUGCCACAACAGCAGCGUCCCCUAACGAGCACCCUCAGAAGGUCAGCUGUGCUGCCACAGGGCGAGGGCCACUCAGGGGGGCACUCCCGAGCAGCCCCCCCGGGCACCCGCUUUGGUUCUGCCCACUUGAGUCCAGCUUGGCAGGGCCAGGUCUGCCUUUACAUUCAUUGGUUUCUGUAUAUAUAGAUUUUUUUUUUCAUUUUUAUGGUUUUUUUGCCUUUUUAUUUUCUUUUUUUUUUCUUAAUCUCGAAAGGCCAGUAGGGGUAGGAAGGCAAAGAGCAGCAACUGCUCAGCAGGGGUGGCCUUGCUCAGGUCACAGGCUGGGGACAGCAGCAGGCCUGUCCCCUCCCCAGCCUGGGGUCCCGGGAACCCUGCAGGCUGGGCCCUUCUCUCACCGAGUCACACACUCACACACACUCAAAUUCACCAUAGUGGAAGUAACAAAUUUCUGUUGUCUUUUCUUUUUUUUUUUUUUUUGUUGUUUUUUUUUCUUUUUGUUGUUGGUACCAGGCAGUUAAAAAAAAAAAAAAAGGAAAAAAGAAAACAAAAACACACACAAAAAUAAACCCCGAACAACCAAAGGAAACCUUCCUGCAGAGCCCUCCGCUCGAACCUCUACUGAAUUCCACAAUUCUCUUUGGCAACUUUUAUCACGGCCUUAAUUUAAAGAAUAAAAAUUUGUAAAAAUCGA